UGAUCUGCAGUGUAUUAUAUUGAAUAUUGUAGUAAACUGUAUUUUUUUGUAUCCCAGCAUGCCGAGGGACCUGUCGGAGCUCAUCAAGCUGGCCACGCGGGAGGUGCACGAGCGCGCCGAGAACACGGAGUUCAUGAGGGGGUUCCAGAACGUCACGCUCGCGCAGUUAAAGCUCCUCCUCUCCUCUCUCUAUCACAUCUACUCUGCUCUGGAGGAGGAGCUGGACCGGCUCUCCUUGAACCCGUGUCUCUCUCCUCUGUAUUUCCCGGUGGAGCUGCACCGUGUCGCCGCCCUGGAGGCUGACCUGCGCUAUCACUACGGGCCUGGCUGGAAGGACGAGGUGCUCGCGGUCCCCGCGGCAACCCGAGAGUACGCAGAGAGGAUCCACCAGGUGGCGUACUCUGACCCCUGCCUCCUGAUCUCUCACUCGUACACGCGGUACCUGGGUGACCUGUCGGGGGGGCAGGUCCUCAGGCGAUUGGCUCAGAGGUCUCUGGCCCUGCCCCCCACGGGGGAGGGGCUGUCCUUCUUCUGUUUCCCGGAAGUGUCCCACGCAGGGCGCUUCAAGGAGCUGUACCGAGCGCGCAUGAACUCCCUGGAGCUCAGCGACCGGGCUCGAGGACAGGUGCUGCAGGAGGCCAAGACCGCCUUCCUGCUCAAUGUCAAGGUUUUCGAUGCGAUUCAGAAGAUGUCUGUCUCCCCUCCUCCACACAGCUCUGAGAACGGAGAGCUGAGGAAGAGAGCGCCCCCUGCAGACACACACAGCAUCCAAUCGGAGAAAAGCGGCUCCCAAGCCCCGCCCACCAACUCCCAGUCGGCCUCCCCUGCCCUGCGAUUGGUCCUGGCGCUCUGCUUCGCCGUGGCAACGGUUGCCGUGGGGAUCUACGCGCUGUGAGGCGGGAGAUUUUUCUCGUGUUCAUAAAUUACAGCAUUUCAUUCAUAUUGUUUGAACUUUGUGAUAUAUAUAUAUAUAUUUUUACAGCCCCUAACAAGUUUGUCUGAUAUUUAGAAUCGAGCUGAGAGAUUGUCAGAUUAUUGCAAUCGCUCAAACUCAAACGCUGAGUUUAAUUUUUAAAAUCAAAUGUCUUUGGCUGCGAGUUCAGCCCAGCGUGACAGUGUUUGGAUGAAGUGAAGUCUCUUGUUUUGUACUGCGAAUGAUUCGAUGGAUUGACUGAUCGAGUGAUUGAUUAUCUGGUCCCCUGUUUCAGUGUCUCAGCGUCAGUAUCACCGAGAGAUUGUCGUUUUGCAAUAACUGCUUUUGAAUGAUUUCAGUGUCUGUGUAAAUAAAAUCUCUUCAUGUUGAAUCAGCCUGA